ACAACAGUCUUCUCUGGUUGAACAAACAUUAAAGAUGGAAACAGCUGUGAAGUUCAUUCUCAUUGGAUGUCUGAUAAAAGAUGUUUUGUGUGACUUCAGUAUCAAUCUGCCAGAGAGGAUAGAAGCUCUAGAAGGAUCCUGUGUUUUCAUACCCUGCACUUUUGAUAUUCACCCAUAUUAUCAAUAUGACCUCACUGAUGCAACACGAAUAUGGAAAAAAUAUGUAUAUUAUAAUUCAGAUUAUGUAGUGUUUAACUCCAGAAGUCCCAGUACAGGAUAUCUCAAAGGGGACAUUUUUGGCAAACCAGCAGACAAAAACUGCACCACCCGCUUUGAUGAUGUCAGACUGGAUGACAGCGGUGAAUAUUACUUCAGAAUUGAUGGCAAUAAUCUGAAAUAUAACUAUUAUAAAAAAGUUGACAUUAAUGUCACAGCGUCUCCAUCUAAACCCACAGUGCAGUUGAAUGCUGAUCAGAAGAAGGUGAUGGAGGACAGUUCUGUGAGUCUGCGCUGCUCUGCUAACAUCUACUGCCCCUUUAAUCCACCAACUCUCACAUGGAGCUCCUCCUCUAACACACUCAUCCUCAAUGACCAGCAACAUCAGGACCAAACGAAACUCAUCUCUGAUCUGAACUUCAAUAUAACUCAUCUUCAUCAUGGAGUCAAUUUCACCUGCACUAUAAAAUACCAGCUGAAGGACCAGAUCAAAACAGAACAGGCGUCCCGUACACUACAUGUUCAGUAUUCCCCUAAAAACACAUCAGUGACUGUAAAUCCGUCUGGUUCUGUGUUGGAGGGUCGUUCAGUGACGCUGACCUGCAUCAGUGAUGGAAACCCAGAUGUGAGUUACAGCUGGUACAGAGACACUGAAGAACACCUGAAACACCUGCAGACUGGACAAAAUCUCACCAUCAAUAAAACCGACCCGACACACAGUGGCCGAUACUACUGUAGAGCUCAGAAUCAAUACGGCACCCAAAACUCAUCUGUACUGCUGGACAUUCAGUAUUCCCCUAAAAACACAUCAGUGACUGUAAAUCCGUCUGGUUCUGUGUUGGAGGGUCGUUCAGUGACGCUGACCUGCAUCAGUGAUGGAAACCCAGAUGUGAGUUACAGCUGGUACAGAGACACUGAAGAACACCUGAAACACCUGCAGACUGGACAAAAUCUCACCAUCAGUAAAACCGACCUGACACACAGUGGCCGAUACUACUGUACAGCUCAGAAUCAAUACGGCACCCAAAACUCAUCUGUACUGCUGGACAUUCAGUAUGCUCCUAAAAACACAUCAGUGACUGUAAAUCCGUCUGGUUCUGUGUUGGAGGGUCGUUCAGUGACGCUGACCUGCAUCAGUGAUGGAAACCCAGAUGUGAGUUACAGCUGGUACAGAGACCCUGAAGAACACCUGAAACACCUGCAGACUGGACAAAAUCUCACCAUCAGUAAAACCGACCCGACACACAGUGGCCGAUACUACUGUACAGCUCAGAAUCAAUAUGGAGAACAAAACUCAAGCAGUGUCAUUUUGAAUGUUACUUAUGCACCUAAAAUCUCCACCUCCUCCUGUAGACGAAGUGAUGUAAUCGUGUGUGUCUGUGAGGUUCGUGGAAAUCCGUCUCCUACACUGGAGUGGCGUCUGUCUGGACGCCCCAUUAUUAACUCUACGGAGAUGCUCAUCAGUGAAGAGCAAUUUAAGAACAAAAGCUUGAGGAGCAUCCUCACCAUCCAUCAAUCACUCAAAGACACGCCCACUCCACAUUGUUUCAGCAUUAACACUCAUGGCACUGCCAGCCAACAGUUUCACCUGCUUUUAACUCCACAGGAUCCUCGAGGUUUCCAUCAUCCCUCACUGCUGGUUGGAGUUGCUAUUGGCGCAUCAGUGAUGAUGAUCUUUUGCAUCAUUCUCUUCUGCAUACGAAGACAGAAGUUCAAACCAUCACAGACUAGACAAGAAGAUAACACCGGACUCAUUCUGACUCCAAGAGCUGUUGUACAGGACGACGAAGGAGAGUUUGUUUAUGGUAAUAAAGUCAUGAUGUCACAUGGUGGAGAUGUCACUCAAGAAUCUCUCCAUUAUUCCUCCAUUGACUUCACAAACACUGAACCAGCAUCAGGAGAGAUCAUCGGCUUCUCGUCUCUGACGGCUGAAUAUGCCGUGAUCCAAAAUAAUUCUGCAGGAGCAUCAAAGGCAGAGAAAAACAUCUCAACACCUGUGAUGGACCCCAAGGAAGAUCAAGCAGACAAGAAUGCAAAGAUCACAGAUGUGUCCUCACAGACAUCAGAAGAUCCAACGUAUGAAACUAUCAACCAUCGCUAGGUUUUUUAAAGAGCAGAUGUCAUUACAAGGCAAGCGAAGGCAAAGAAAACUGGACCCAACUUGGUCACUCAAUCCUCCAAACCUUUGUGUAGGAGUUCAACAAUGCCAUAGAGAUAUUUGAUUUUGAUUUGAUUUGAGACCUACAGCAAUUAAUAAGAUGGACUCUGAAAAUAAUGUUCAAUGUCAAUGUAGAGAGAUUUUAAUAUCUUGAAAGACUCAAGAUAUUAUCUGCAGAGGGUCAGAAGGUAAUGUCUGUUAUAUAACUCAAGUACAAAUCAGUUUUCUAACUAGGUCAGUACUUGGUAACUUAACCUCAGUGUAACCAUUUAAGUGAAAAUUUCUAGUGUGAACAGCACUGUCAGCUUCUUCUGGUUUUCCACUUUCACAGCCGUUUCACAUCGCAAGCUUGAGCAGCGCAUUUUUUUUUGGGCAUUUUUUUCAUGUUUACAGGUUAUAGCAUUCGUACCAUAAGGGUCAGCAGUGCUGAGCUUUUUGCACGUUUUGUCAUUUAAAAGUAUAAUUAAAUACAAGUUAUAUUUACUUAAGCAAAAUAAAACUACCAGUCUGAAAAAAAUUGUUAUAUGGACGGGCAGCUAACUGAGACAUCCAGUGAAAUGAACAUGAAAAUCAAGCAAGAAUGUUCAAUAAUGUACAUUGUGAAUACGGUCACCACUUAAGGGUGUUUUAGGCUCAAUGCACAGCAGAGCGAAUGCCAGUAAUGAGUAGACGUAAUGAGUAAUUAUUAUAGUUUGUGAGCAUUUGAGUUACUAACAUUAAUAUGAUCAUUUAUAUCAGUAGAUCUAUUAUGCAGCUAUAAAUUCACACACAUACAGUAAACAAUAAUCCACAAUACACUACUUUUGUUUUGACAAUUAUGCAUUGGUGUGGAAGUUAAUGAAAACAAAGCAAGAUAACCUUUUUCCAUAGACAGAUGUACAGAAGAGAUGUCAUGUGUUGACAAAAUGUUGAUUCUAACAACUUACUCCGUAACCAAGAAACCAAAAAUUAGCAAAACUUGCACAACCACAGCCUGCUGUUCCUUAUUGAUAAUAAAGCCAUCUUUUAAUUUUGGCGGGAAUUACAGGCUUUGAUAAAUAUAUAGUACUUACAGUCAGUUCAAUGGGGUUUUCGAAGUGUUUUUGGAUCGUUUCGUGGAUAACACAUUGGAAAAAACAACAUAAUAUUAAACUAAAUGUAAUUUAGGAGCUCGUGUCUAUCCCUCAAAGCAAGAUGGCGCUAAUGUACAGUAAAUAAAACGUCAGCCCAAGAUUUUGAAGUCGUCUAUUAACUCAAGUCUUUUCAUGAUGAGUUGACAGUUGACAAAGUUGUUAUUGAUG